CAGCCACAAGAUUUACCUGUUGACCUUGGAUCUAUCCACCUCUGCAUCUACCAACUGUGGUCUUCCUGCUUCCUGAUUGCAACUACACAAGUAAGGAGAAACCUUCUUUUUACCAUCUGACCCAUGUAUUAGAACAGGACUGGACUUCGAGGCUUCCACAUUGUACCCUCGGAACCUGGCUGCCUGGAGCCUGUGUGAGAAGGAAGGAUGCUAGCCCAAUGGGAGCUCUCCUUUUACCUGCUUGCCUCACUCGGCUUCCACUUCUAUUCUUUCUAUGAAGUCUACCAAGUCUCCAGAGCACAUGAAGAGGCCCUGGACCAAGAAUAUGAACUGGAGACGGAUCCCUUAUUUGGAGGACUGAAGAAGGACCCGACGGACUUCGAAUGGAGCUUCUGGAUGGGCUGGGGGAAGAGGCGGCUGGCAUGGCUCUUCCUUGGCCACCUGGCAGUGUCUCAGAUGGCGAUGCUACUUGCCGGGAAGCACAGACCCUGGAUCCUCAUGGUCUAUGGAAUGUGGGCCUGCUGGUGCGUUCUGGGGGCCCCAGGGAUGGCCACAGUUUUUCUCCAUACCAUCAUCUCCUUCUGUGUGGCACAGUUCCAGUCGCCGCUCCUGUCGUGGCUUUGUUCCCUCCUCCUGCUUUCCACACUGAGGUUGCCAGGGCUGGAAGGAAUUAAGAGGAGGUGGUACCAGACAGAGGAGGAAUACUAUUUGCUCCAGUUCACGCUGACCGUCCGCUGCCUCUACUACACCAGCUUCAGCCUCGAGGCAUGCUGGCAGCAGCUGCCCACUGAGAGUGCCUCCUACACCUUCGCCUGGAUGCUGGCCUACGUCUUCUAUUACCCAGUCUUCCACAACGGGCCCAUCCUCAGCUUCCUGGACUUCAUCACACAGAUGCGGCUGCAAGAGCCCUGCUCCCUGUGGACCAACCUCCGUGCGCUGGCUCUGGGGCUGGGCCGCCUCCUUUGCUGGUGGUGGCUGGCGGAGCUGAUGGUCCACUUGAUGUACAUGCACGCCCUCUACAGCAGCACCGCCCUCCUGGAGGCCGCCUCCUGUUGGACAUUAGGAGGGUUGGCGUUGGCCCACGUGCUCUUUUUCUAUGUGAAGUACUUGGUGCUCUUUGGCGUCCCAGCUCUGCUCAUGCGCCUGGAUGGACUCAAACCACCGCCCCUGCCACGCUGCGUGAGCACCAUGUUCAGCUUCACGGGCAUGUGGAGGUAUUUUGAUGUUGGACUGCAUAAUUUCCUAAUUCGGUACGUGUACAUUCCGGUAGGCGGGUCCCAGCAUGGCCUGCUGGGAACACUGUUUUCCACCGCGAUGACGUUUGCAUUCGUGGGCUAUUGGCAUGGCGGAUAUGAUGACCUCUGGUGCUGGGCCGCCCUCAACUGGCUGGGAGUCACUGUGGAGAACAGAGUCCGAAGGCUGGUGGCGACGCCGUGCGUCCAGGACCGCUUGGUCCGGUUUCUCUCCCCAAAAGCUCGCCGCCGCUGCCACGCGGCCCUUGCGUCGUGCGCCACCUCGAUGCUGAUCCUGUCCAACCUGGUGUUUCUCGGGGGAAACCAAGUUGGGAAGACCUACUGGACUAGGAUCUUCGUACAAGGCUGGCCGUGGGCGACCCUCUCUGUGCUGGGAUUCCUGUACUGCUACUCCCACGUGGGCAUUGCCUGGGCCCAGACAUACACCCAGGACUAACGCUGCGGGGCCCCAGGACAGCCUUCCCUGCCAAUGUCCUCCACAAACGGUGCUUCACCCUGACCUCACACCCCAGGACGGUCUCCGAGAAACCAGUGUCUGAUCCACUCCUCUGCUGCUCAGGUUAUAUCCCUCCAGGAUUAAAGCCUGGGCUCUCCUAGAGACUGUCCAGCCACAGAAGCUUCUCGAUACCUGGGCUUAGAAAGCAUUUACCUCCCAGCCCAUUGUGUCCCUGGUUUCUGGGCUGAGAUUGUGCAGUCGAGUGUUGUGAACUCAGCCUUAAUGGCCUCUGGGUUUGUUUCCCUUAUCAAGAAUUAAAUACAUCUCUUCAUCAGGGCAUGGCAAUCCCAAUUAGUGACAGACCUUUCCUCCACUGGACCAUAUUUCUGAAACCUUUCGGUAAUAUUUAAGGGCUUCCUUCCCCAUGUCCUGCACUGCAGUCUAGAAUCCAUUCUAGGCUUUGAAGCUUCAUGCUCCAGCUCCUUGGCAGGAAGGUGCUGAAGGCAUAGCUGAGUCUUGUUGCCCAGUGACGGGCAGAGAUGGGAAGCUGCCCAGUGGCAUUCCAAGUCUUGUUAUUUGAACCUCAGCGCAGGAAGCAAGCUCUGACUCCUUGGUUCCCGAGGCUGGCUGAGAAGUGUAAGUAUGGCAGUUCUUUUACCUAAUAGGUCAUUGUUUCACCAUAAAGAGGUAGAAUUAAAACAUGGAUCAAACAAACAUACAAAUUCCAGGGAAUAGUUUACAUAUCGAAUGGUGCUACCAAGCAAUUUACAAAAAGCAUGGAUUUGUGUGUGUCAUUUUCUCAAUUCUCCAAACAGUUGCCUUCCUAUAUACUCAGUGUUUUGUUUUUGUUUGUUUCAAAUAAAAUGGAGCCACUUAUAUCAUGUACAUAAUUCA